AUGCUACAACUUUCGAGCCACCAUUAUCCAGUAUUAUUUAUCAUUUUUAAUUAUAAAACAGAGCAUGUUGAAGGUGCAGUUGGUCAAGAAAAUCUUCCAGCACAUGGUGAUUUAUAUACACAUUUUCAAGUUGCAGCUGAUGAAGACAAAGCAGUGAUGGAAGAUAUCAAUGCACAGUCCCCAAUUCACGGAGUGACAGUAGUAGCUCAGACAGAACAAGUCAUUGAGGAACAUGACAAUAAAGGUGCAGAUGCACAGUAUGUGGAUCUAGGUAAUUCAGAAGGAUCAGGAGUUGAGAAGAAGGGGGUCACACUAGAUAUUUUGAGUUGCCUGACAACUUAUCCUAGUUGGUUAAGUUUGGCGAGCCCAUACAAGAUGAUUCAACACCUAUGCAUCCGGGGAGAACAAGGCAUCCAGGAAAGCAUGCCCGAUCACCAUUUAUCCCUCUAUACAGUUCUGGGGGUAGUAACUCGGUUGGACCUAAAAUUUUCUACCUAAAGCACCCUUUUACUACUGUUAUUGGUGAAGAUGUAGAUCCGGAGGUUUUAGAUAACUUCAACAAGUGGUUAUACCACUGUAGCGACAAACG